CAUGCUGCGUCUGACGCUGGGAUUGUUCGCCGCAGCAUUCUUCCUCUUCAUCAUCGCAUUCAUGACGUCAUGCGUCAGCUGCCUGCGCUACUCGGCCGGAUGCAGCUCCACAUCGGGUACAGUCGUCCUGUUCGCCGCCUCCUUCUGCGUGGCAGCUAUCGGUGUCUUCCAUGGUUACCUACUGAUGGAGGAGGACGAGAAUAAAGACAUCUGGCAGCCUCCGUUCGGAUACAAGAGGGUGUGGAGCAACUUGUUGCGUGAGAACACGACGCAGACGUACGCUUGGUCUUACAUCGUCACGUGGGUCGGCAUCUUCCUCGUCCUCCUCUCCGUCUUCUUCUUCUACUUCGCCGGCUGUGCGAUGAAGGGAGCCAAGCGGAAGAAGGAGAAGCAAAUGGUAGCAGUGACUCGCUACACCGCUCCCGCCUAUGCUGCCCCCUAUGAGAAGAGUCUCCCCCGCCAGGGCGGCGCCACCAUGCCGCCUCCGAUCUACUACGAUAAGAGAGGACAGCCGGUGUAUGACAGCAGGGGAACGCUGGUGUAUAGCAACCAGGCUUACACCGCACCGCACUACGGGCCGUAUUACUACGGCCACAAGUAAAAUGGAGUGGGUUGCGCAUCCUGCCCUUGUGUGUGUGUGUGUGUGUGUGUGUGUGUGUGUGUGUGUGUGUGUGU